CAGCUAAUUAGCUCAGCCUACAACAAAGAUAAGCAAGCCAGGGAGGAGGACCCCCGAGGGUCUUUAGAUUCUGGCCUUUGCCUGAUUGGCAGAUGUUAAAAGAGAUUUCUCCAUAAUCCACUGCAUCAAUGAACUACACACAUUCAGCAGCAGAGGGAUGGGAUAAUCCAGGCAUGAGGAUAGUUGUGCUGCAAGCAGCUGCAAGGGUACACAACUAACAUGGACAGGACACUGGACUCUCUGCAACUUCUAGUCACCCAGGUGCUGCCUCAGAGUGACCCCAGCAUGGUGUUCAGAGACUUGAAUGUCGUUGCCUUACUUCAAGAAUUUUGGGAGAAAAAAGAGAAGAGAAAGGCAAUCUUCCCAAGUGAAAGCUUGUUGGCCUAUGAAUCAGUCCCAUCCCCUGAUCCACCAUUUGUCUGCUACGUCACCUUACCUGGAGGAAGUUGUUUUGGAAAUUUUCAGUGUUGUACAAGCAGAGCAGAUGCCCGAAGAGAUGCCGCUAAAGUCGCUCUAAUCAACUCCCUCUUCAAUGAAUUACCCACCCGGAGGAUCACACAGGAUUUCAUCAUGAAAAGUGUACAAGAAGCUGUUUCCUCCACCAGUGGGAAUGUAAAUGAUGCAGAUGACCCCAGUACAAGUAUUGGCGCCUACCAUUAUAUGCUGGAGACAAAUAUUGGUAAAACAAUGCUGGAAUUCCAGGAACUCAUGAUAGUCUUUCAACUCCUGCACUGGAACGGAAGUCUUAAAGCUCUCAGAGACACCAAGUGCUCUCGUCAGGAGGUGAUCGCCUACUACUCCCAGUACUCCCUAGAUGAGCGAAUGAGAAGCCACAUGGCACUGGACUGGAUAAUGAAGGAAGAAGAGACACCAGGAAUCAUAUCUCAGGAGCUACAACUUGCCCUCCGAGAACUGGAGGAGUCCAGAAAAGCUGGGAGGGAGCUACGGUUCUACAAAGAGAAAAAGGAAAUUCUGAGCUUAGCCCUGAGUCACAUCUACAACGCCUGCAUUACUUCACCUACACAUGCUGAUCAUCUGAACCUUACUUUAAAUGGUUAUCACUAGCAGACCGGUUGCUUUCAUAUCAUGUUAGAAGAACAGUGAAUGGGAACAUGGGCUAUAAAUUCUUGCGCACAAGACCACCCAGGUUAAGCGGCAAGCAAUCUUUUAUAGGCAUUUUUCCUUAGAGGUGUGCAUUUCAAAGUGUUUUGCAAGAGUGUGUCUUUUUAUGUACUUUAGAUUUAAUACACAUUUCUUGAUAGAAAGAAUUACAGUUGCACUUCUAUUGUAAAAUGUAACUGCUGGCUAAUGUGAUACAUGCUUAAUUUUAUAGCGUAUUCCAAAUAGAAUUUAGAGGCUCUUGGGAUUAAAGGGUUCUCAAGCUUUAAAUUACUUUUAUUUAUUAACUCGUACAUUCCAUUCUGCAACUUUUACUAUAUACAGAGACUUUUCCAUUUUGUAUUUAUAUUGAUGAAAGCGUUAUUUAUCUUUGUUGCCCUGGCAUAUGACAAAUCGUUACUGCGUCCACUGUAUGAGAUUCAAUUGUAUUCUGAUUAGUGUUGAGUUAGGGCAGCAAAAUAAUCAAAUUUUACAGAUGUUAUAAAAACAUGUCUGAAAAGCACAGACGGAAGAAAAGCAAUUAUGUAGUCAACGUUGCAAGAUGGGAUGUACAUGACAAAAUCAAGGUAAUCUGAAUGUGUAAUUUCCCUUUAGGUGUGUUUUGGUAACACUGCCUUACCUAUACAGAGAGUUGUAAAUAACAUAGAAGUAAGUAGUACUGGAAUAUAGCAAUUAACUGAUAAUAAAUAAGAGACCUUUGA